GCCGAGCAUCCUCCGCCCGCUCGCUUUCCGCUCGUCCUCUCGGAGCGGCGCUCCCCGCGGGCCGCCCGCUCCGCUCCCGUUCCGCAGCCUCCGCGGGAGGGAGGGAGGUGGUUUUCCCGAAGUGCAAAGAAAAGUCCGUGGGAUUCCCCUCCUCCCCCUCGGGCGCGUUCGCACGCUCCCUCAGGCAUGAUGCUCAAGAUGCUGCCGUUCAAGCUGCUGCUGGUGGCCGUGGCUCUCUGCUUCUUCGAGGGGGAUGCCAAGUUCGGGGAGAGCGGCGCCCGGAGGAGAAGGUGCCUCAACGGGACCCCGCCGCGGCGGCUGAAGAAGCGCGACCGCAGGCUGCUGUCCCCGGAGGCGCCGGGCGGCGCGGAGGCGAUGUGCCGCGGCCUCUACCCGCGCCUCUCCUGCUGCUCCCGCGCCGACGCGCAGGGGCUGCUGCACGCCGGGGCCAAGAUACUUUCUGUCAUGAACAACACAGAAUGUGCGAAGCUACUGGAGGAAAUCAAAUGUGCACACUGCUCACCUCAUGCCCAGAAUCUUUUCCACUCACCUGAGAAAGGGGAAACUUCUGAAAGAGAACUAACUCUUCCCUACUUGUGCAAAGACUAUUGUAAAGAAUUCUAUUAUACUUGCAGAGGUCACUUACCAGGUUUUCUCCAAACUUCAGCUGAUGAGUUUUGCUUUUACUAUGCAAGAAAAGAUGGUGGUGUAUGCUUUCCAGAUUUUCCAAGAAAACAACUGCGAGGACCAGCUUCUAACUCCCUGGACCACAUGGAGGAAUAUGACAAAGAGGAAGAGAUCAGCAGAAAACACAAGCACAACUGCUUCUGUAUUCAAGAGGUCAUGAGUGGACUAAGGCAGCCUGUUGGAGCAGUACAUUGUGGGGAUGGAUCUCAUCGCCUCUUUAUUCUUGAGAAAGAAGGAUAUGUGAAGAUUUUCAGUCCUGAAGGAGACAUGAUCAAGGAACCUUUUUUGGAUAUACACAAGCUUGUUCAAAGUGGAAUAAAGGGAGGAGAUGAAAGAGGACUGUUAAGCCUUGCAUUCCAUCCCAAUUACAAGAAAAAUGGAAAGCUGUAUGUGUCUUAUACCACCAACCAAGAACGGUGGGCUAUUGGACCUCAUGAUCACAUCCUUAGGGUGGUAGAAUACACAGUAUCCAGGAAAAAUCCACAACAAGUUGAUAUAAGAACAGCAAGAGUGUUUCUAGAAGUAGCAGAACUACAUCGAAAACAUCUAGGAGGGCAGCUUCUGUUUGGCCCAGAUGGCUUCUUAUACAUUUUUCUCGGAGAUGGCAUGAUUACUCUAGAUGACAUGGAAGAAAUGGAUGGUUUAAGUGAUUUUACAGGUUCUGUAUUACGCCUCGAUGUAAAUACUGACCUGUGCAGUGUCCCUUAUUCCAUACCACGGAGCAACCCACAUUUUAAUAGCACAAACCAACCUCCUGAAAUUUUUGCACAUGGACUCCACAAUCCAGGCCGCUGUGCUGUGGAUCACCACGCAGCAGAUGUAAACAUCAAUUUAACAAUGCUUUGCUCAGAUUCAAAUGGAAAGAACAGAUCUUCAGCAAGAAUCUUACAGAUAAUAAAGGGUAAAGACUAUGAAAGUGAGCCUUCACUUUUAGAAUUCAAACCAUUCAGCAGUGGAGCCUUGGUUGGUGGAUUUGUCUAUCGAGGUUGCCAGUCUGAAAGACUCUAUGGAAGUUAUGUAUUUGGAGACCGCAAUGGAAAUUUUUUAACACUGCAACAGAAUCCUGCAACUAAACAGUGGCAAGAGAAACCCCUCUGUCUCGGCAACAGCGGUUCAUGUAGAGGUUUCUUUUCAGGCCCUGUCUUGGGAUUUGGUGAAGAUGAACUAGGCGAGAUUUACAUAUUAUCAAGCAGUAAAAGUAUGACACAGUCUCACAAUGGAAAACUCUACAAGAUCAUUGACCCAAAAAGGCCUUUAGUCCCUGAAGAAUGCAAAAGAACAGCUCAGUCGGCACAGAUACUGACAUCUGAAUGCUCAAGGCACUGUCGGAAUGGGCACUGCACUCCCACAGGAAAAUGCUGCUGUAAUCAAGGCUGGGAAGGAGAGUUCUGCAGAACUGCAAAGUGUGACCCAGCAUGUCGACAUGGAGGUGUCUGUGUAAGGCCUAAUAAAUGCUUAUGUAAAAAAGGCUAUCUUGGCCCUCAGUGCGAACAAGUGGAUAGAAACAUCCGAAGAGUUACAAGGGCAGGUAUUCUUGAUCAGAUCCUAGACAUGACAUCCUAUUUGCUGGAUCUAACCAGCUAUAUUGUAUAGUUUCGGGGACUGUUUGGAAACUACACUUUCAACGGGCAUUUGUUUUGAAUCCUAUCAUUUUUAAAAGACUGUUAUCCUGCAACAAAUAACAGUGAUUUGAUUUACUUCAUUAAUUUAAUUAUAAUAUCCAGAAAUGUGCAGAUAAAUUCAUCGUAUGUGUGUUAAUAUUUCUGUACACCUCCAUAGAUGUACAGAUACCCAACACAUAUAUGGGCAAGCAGUAUCACAAAUAUGGUUUUAGAGCUAGUGGAAUUUUUUUUUAUAUGUAAACUAUUUCUUCAUGAGUUUACAAAGCAAUUCCACUGAAAAACACAUUUUCAUUAAAGGACUUUUCUGAUGUCAUAAUGGAUUCACUGACACCCCAGAAACCUUGUGUCUGCAACUGGCUAAUUACAGCAAUAAGAGAGCAGUUUUGAACCAUCACCAUAUAAACUGCUGGACUUAAUGAAAUCCAGUUGUAACAGUUUUUAAGGUGAAAUGAACUAUAUUAUGAGACAAUAUUUCAGAACUCCUUUAUGCAUUCCUAUCUAGGCAAUUCAUUGUAAGACUGUAAUCUUCACCUUCAUCAAUGUAACUCUAUUACAGAAUGUUACGUAUUUCCUUAUCUAGCAUAGAUGCAAAAAUCUGGUUAUCACAGCUUGAUAUCAAGAUUGUUUCAAGUGUUUAAUAAUUAAAUUAUACUCACAUAUUUCAAAACCAGUCAUCCUAGAAGGUCUGCUUUCUAUCAUGUAUUUUAUUUAACAAUGGGCACUGGGUUCAUCUUACAUAUUUAUAUUAUCUUAUUUUAUUUUUAUAAUAUAGACAUCACCUAGAUGAGACAGCUUUACCAUGUCCUGUAAAAUACUAAAGUUACAUUUUUCACCAAUUUAAUUGGAAAGAUGGAGAAAGAAAGAGCAAACACACUCUUUAAUGUGUUGUGGAUCUAAUCUAGAAAUGUAUCCUUGUGUCAACUUGUAUUAAUUUGCAACGGAUGAAAAAAAAAAAACACCAAACAAACGUAUUAAAAUUCCAGGAAAUAUUGAAAGUGUUCAUAAAUUGAUUGUUACUGUAACAGGACGGGCCAGAUUAUACACAACUAGACUGCUACAGAUUUCACACUGAAUGGAACUUCACUGGACGAAAGCUCACAUUAGCAAUUGCUGGCUGUGUAUGAUGUCACUUGUAUAAAACGUAUAACAAUUAUUGCCAAAUAUGGUUUUAAAUGUAAAUGUUUCUUGAAGAGCUAACAAAAUUGAUUUUUUGUAAAUGUAUCAAUAAAUAUGGUGUACAUGCUAUAGUCAGGUUUUUGAAAGUAUUAAUAUUAUAAUCAGAUCUUCAGAAUUGGUGCCCUCUCCAUCUCUGGGAAGUUAUUGGCAGUUUUCUUUGUUCACUGUUUGCUGGCUAUUAGAUUUAAUGUGCUACCUGGCUUUUAUAAAAUCCUGCACGUAUAAAGAGUAGCAUGGCCACCACCAUGCACACACUAAUGGUUAUUAUAAGCAGCUACUUAUGUCAACAGUUUACAAUGCUUUAGGCAGUAAUGUCUAACUUACUGUAACUGUAUCGCUCACCAGUUGCAAAAUUCUCUUUUCCAGGGUAGUGACAUGUAACAACUUUUCCUUUAUGGAACGUUGUCAGCCUUGAUUUAAUAAAUAGUAAAUUUUUAAGCACAGAAAAAAUGUUAUUUGAAUUUAUCUUAAUAAGUAUUCCACCUAAGAGGAACAGAAAAUUAAGCUUGCCUUCCACAUAUGUUUGCUUGAGUAUCAAGUGACCUCAUGCCAAAUGGAAAUUGGUUGAGAAAUCUUGGUUAAGUGCUUAGAGAACAAUAGUCUGCAUUAAAAAGUGCAUGCAUAAUUUUGCACAAUGUAGAUUCAACUGACAGUCCAUUGAAAGACAUCUCAGGAUUAAAUGAGCAUGAAGACCAAAUUGCCCUCUCACCCCAAAAAGGGUGGUCCCUUAUAGUCACACUAACACUUCAUUGGCUAAGCACUGUGACCAAUCUGAAAAUGAACCCUGCAGUAGCAUCUGUAGGUUAAUAGCAGCUCUUUGUCUCCACUGCUUUCUGCCUUUAGUCUUUUUCCUGAAUUCCAUCACAAGAAGUUUUACAAUUAAAAAUGUCCUGACAACCAUUUUUGUAAAUUGACCUUAGCAUCUAAUCUUUCCUUAUUCACUGUGGGUGACAAAAACGUGAACUUCUCAUGAAUGAGCCAGCUGUCUAAAUCUGUCAGAUAGUGCAGUUUUAUUGCAUUCUUCAUAAUCGGUAAAGCCAGAAAGUCGAUGAAAUAUUUUAGCAACUUUUAAGUAUCUGACAGAGACAAUGUCUUUAACAUUUUAUUUAAUGAGUAUAUUACAGAAUAAAAACAGCUUUAAUUCAUUAUAAUCUCAAUAGCCAGCUGGGGAGAUGUGAUAGUUCGUUUCUCAGUUUAAAUUCUAGAGACUUAAAAAACUCCACAGAUGGUACCUAAAUUGAAGAUCCCCAGUAGCAUAUAUGCCACAGUCAUGCACGCAUAUGGCCACUAUAUGCCAUAACCGUGAAGAGAAGAGAUAACAAAGAGAAUACAGUCUUCAUCUUAAUAACAAAGACAAUUUCGUCUACUUGACUGGAAUCAGAAAAUUAGACUCUAUUAAAUUAAGAAUUAAAUCCAGGUCUCAUUCAAAUCAAUGGAAAACAAAACAAAACAAAGCAAUAAAACCCCCAAAACAAAACAAAAAAACUCCAAAACAAAAAACAAAACAAAAAACCCCAAAACAAACAAAAAAAACUCUGAAACAAAACAAAAAAACUCCAAAACAAAACAAAACAAAAAAAACAGAAACACUCCUAUCAACAGUGCUGAAGCCAGAAAACUACUUUUAAAAUUGAAACAAAUACUUAAGUUUAUUUAAAAAAAAAAAAUGUUUGAGUCAAAAUUUCAAAACUAAAAAGGAAUCUAAGGGACAAUUAGGAGGAAAGGAGAAAUAAUUUGUGGAAGGUGUUUUGCGUCAUUUUUAAAACAUCUUUUGUAUCACGUGAAAGCAGACAUCUGCAUUAAGCCCACAUGGAUACGUAGGAAGUCCCAGAGGAAGAGAAGUAUUCUCAAAAAAAGACACAAAAAUCCCAACUGCUUACUUAUCAAAAGAAAUUAUACUAUUAAAACAGCAAGUAAAGCCUAGGCCUAGCCACCCAAGAUGCUAAUAUAAAAAGGGCAACUGCAGUAAUUGCCCUGAGAAUUAGCGUACAAGAAAAAAAAAGGGGGGGGUUGUAGAAAGCCUGUUGCCAGCUAGGUCAUUCUACAGCCAUUCUCACACAAUCUCUGCAAGUUUCCAAGAAUAAAACUGAGCUUAUAAAUGAAACUAGAUAAAUGAGGCAAUUAGAUAAGGGCCUCUAGAAAGGAUUUUAUGUAUGUGUUCAAGUUGUCUCUGUCUCUGUCUCUCCUAAUCUUUUAUUCCAUUCAUUUAUUCCUUUACUGUGAGAUACUGCCCUCUCGGUUCCCAGUACAUUGUACAUUUUGAGCAUUCUUUCAGGCUUUCUAUUGUUAAAAGAGAAUAAAUAUACCUGUUGCAAAAAACCUAAUUCUAUUCCUGAUGUAUACAAGCUUUCAACUCUCAUUUUAUUAUUUUAGGAUGGAAAACCUUUCUAAGAUGCUACUGAUCAGAAAAAAAAGGUAUAUUAUUUGAGUAUAAGAAGAAGUGUCCUUUCUCCAUAGACAAGUAUUUAGACAGAAAAAAAAAAGACGUUAUGUUAAAGCAGCUCCAAAUUGUUUUACUCCCAUUUCAGAAAAAAAAAAAAAAAAAAAACAACCUUGAAGCUCACUUUUUUAAUGCCUCCAAUAAAAAAAUAUUAACUCAAAUCCUCCACCUGAAGGAAAUAAAUUUCUUCCACUAACAGUCAGGGACACAGGUGCAGAUCCUUUGUACCCUCAAAUCCUAAGAAGUUACUCCAUUUCAUGCAUCUGAAUUCUAAAUCAGGUAUAAAUAAGAAUAUAAGUCUUAUAUUGGCAACCAUGGCAACUCUUUUUUUUUUUUUUUUUUAUCUCCUUUAAUUCACUUCUCUGCCUUUUGGUUUUGUAGCUCAUGCCUCUCCAGAACCACAGCAGACUCCAAUAAUCCCUGGUUGCUGUAGGUGUUGCUACCUUUCUUUCAAACUGUAUAAUAAUAGAUGCAUCAAAGAGUCUGCCCAGUAGACUGACAUCUUUAUCUUUCAAUUGCUCCACAGAACUGUCAUCUUAUAGUGAUUUCUAAUGCUGUAGCUUAGCUGGACAUUGGUCAUUAACUGUAUGUUAUAUUCAGGAGUAAGGGCCUCCAGCUGCUCAGACUCAGAGGUAGUCAGAAAUUCACUGAUUUCAAUCCAGUAAUCAGAUACCUCAAGUAAAAAGCAGAACAAUAUUCCUGAGAUGACAAUGUGUUGCUUUUCAUGUACAAAUAUACAAAACUGAGACUCUAAAAGCCCUUCAGCCCAAGAAAUCUUUCACAAGUGUAAUUAAAAAUAUAUCUUUUACUAAGAAUUUUGCAAAAAACUCAACCAACAUCUUAAAUUUACUCUAAUCCAAAUUCACAGUAAAGACCCACCAAUCUGAGUUCGGGCUACAAAAAGCUGACAAAUGUGUCCAUGGGUAGUUUCAGAUAAAAACGUUGUAGAAAUACUGAAAAAAGUAAUAUCAUUUUGCUAAAAUUUUCCUCGUUUUCAGAAGGGGAGUAAUCCAGUGAAAUAAUAUGUACCAUUUAGCGUAUAGGCGUGAAACAGCUGAAGCUACCUGAAAGCUUAGUGCAGGAUUCCUUCAAACUCUGAGGGCCUGACUCACUGUCCAAUGAUGUCAACUGAAAAUCUCCCACUGACUUCAUUAAUUAUAGGAUUAAGUCGUUAAAAGAUAUCCACUUAGCUGGCAGAACUUCACUACAGAUGUCACUGCACACGUUAUCUGUCUGUCUGCAUCUGCAGUCAUUAGACUCACUAAGGUUUUCCAGAAUAGGACUGCAGAUUCAGACCUGUCUUUAAGCAAAGAACAUAUCCAAUCCUGUUGAGUUUCCUUAUAAAUACUGUCAACAGUUACACAAGCGUUCUGUUAUAUCUGCCAGACUUUUCAUACUUCUUUGAAAAUGCUGAGGAGUUAGUUCACAUUUCUUCUCUUUUGCACAUACGUGCAAAAUACAUACAAAAUCAAAUAUUUAAGCAUAUGCCGCUAAGCAGGAAAAUAAUUUAAACAGUAAGUCAGUGAUCUCAUUUGAUGAAAUGCACAUAAGAAGGCAGAGCCAAAAAUUGCCCCCACAGAAACGAUAGCAUCCCAAAACUCAGAGAUCAAUGGAAAAGUUCCUGCAGGUGUUCUGAGUCCAGUAUUACAGAGGCUCCAUUCAAUGUAUUAGGCACAUUUUCAAACCUUUCUUCACGUACUAAAUAGGAAUGGUGUAAUAUUGCAAUCAAGAAUAUACCUUGAUACAACAACAACAAAAAAAAGUUCCUAUCCUUACUAAUAACUAAGAAUAGUAAGAUUGAAAGCAAUGACUCUACUCAAAGUACUAAAGCAACAGGUAUAAACAAGUGCAGGAUUGGACACAAGUAGGUAUUCUGUGGACCCAUGCCAGGCCAAGGGUUUAUCUGCCUGCCUUUGUACGCAUUGACUUCAAUUAACAGUGUGCACUAGGAAUUUAUCACGCUGUAAAAUACAUAAUAGACAAUAAACAAUUUUAGUAUAGCAAUUAAUUCUGCAUAGAAUUACACUGGACAGACUGACUGAUAAGACAGUAUUAUUAAUGCUUUAUCUUGGAUAAGAGAAAUAUUUCAAUUUUACAGCACUGUGUAAAUGGUUCAAUGGACAUAUCAACCUUUUUCUUUCAAUUCACUCCUGAGUUGUUAAUAAUUACUAAUUUGGUCUACAUAUUGGGAAAGGAUUAUCACAUUAUCCCAUAACUCACCUAAAACUCUCACAGGCUUCCUUGGAAGUUUUUCUUUACACUGUACAGUUUGAUUGGAAAGCCAAGUGACACAUCAGCUUACCAGAACUCCAGGCACCAAAAACAUAAUUCUAGUCUCACAAUCAGUGUUGUUCCGAAUGGUCUUCAUUCCUAUCAGGCUACACCGAGACCAGAAACCAUCUGGUAUUAGGUCACCACAUAUAUCUUGUAGAGAUCACCACUAACACCAGAAGCAGUAAUUCUGCCCCGUGAAUUAUCCAGCAAUGCUACUAGCUGUUCCCCACAAAACAUACUACAGAAUGAAAGCUUCAGUUCCCUUUGGAGAACAAUUAGAUUUUAAUGGGAGCCAAGCAGGAAAAGGAAAUAACAAAAACCUGUCACUUAAGAACACAACUUGUGUGAUAUUCCUCUGUUCAAGUAGCUUUAUUUUAUAGUAGCCAUCAAGUACUGUGUGUACAUUUGAAAUGUGGGAAAAUAGCUUGGAAAAUAUAAUUCAAAUUAUGUUUACGUUCUAUAAACUGUAUUAUAACACUAAGCAUAUACAGGCACCAGUCUAGCAGAGCACUGGAGCACACAAGUAAUUGUAAGCACACGAAUCUCACCAAAGUCAUGUGCUUAACAUUAUUAAUAUAAUUGCUUUCUUGGUUUGAGACAAGUCUUUGCAAGUCUACCUAUGUAGAUUACAUAUAUUAUGUGUAUUUCUUUUUAGGGAGACAGCAUGGCUGAAGUUCAAAGCAAGAUUUCAGUUAUUUUGUGUCACAAAUUCUAAUAAGAUAAUUCUAGAUAAUUUAAAAUAAUCUUAAAUAAUUGCAUCUUUGUGCCUCCACCUUCCAUUUGAAAAUUAGUGAAACCAAUCCUUGUAAAGCGCUUUGAGCUCUUCAAAUGAAAAGUGCUAUAAAGUACAAAUUAUAAUUAUAUUAUUGAACAUCAUGUAUGUAUACACACUAUUAUGUAAUAUAUAAUAUAUGUAUAAUGCAUAUAAAUUCUAACAAAUGUAUUUGUGUAAUAUCUGAGAAAUUGAACAGUUGUAUCUGGAAGUGAUAAAUGCAUAGAGUUGGAUUUAUUGUUAAUCUGUGGAUUUAAUGAUUUUCUAGACAAAAGGACAUUUAAGUGUAUAAUUGCUUUUCUUAAUUUAAUAUAUUUAUGUAAAUGCAUGCCUGAAGUUCUGGAUAGAUAGUUAUUCUGUGUCCCUUAAGCUAAUAAAAUAUAUUAAACUAUAUCCUACAACCUAAA